AUGUUUUAUACAAUUCUAAGUCGUACAAGAAAAUUAAGUGAUAUUAUAAUCUUGGCAUAUGAUCGUAAAUCUUUCAAAGUAUCUAAAGUUGCACUUAAUGAAAUGUAUCGUCUUGAAACAAUUGAAAAAGAUUACCCGAUUAAUAUUGAACAAUAUUUAAGAACUGAAAGAUAUAUUGUUUGGUGUCUGCCUCAUUCCUAUGAUAUUGAUAAACCUUCAUCGAUAACAUCAAAAAGAAGUACUGAAUCAAUAUCAGAGCAUGUUAAUAUUAAACAAUUUAAACUUGAAAAGUCACAUUCAUUUACAAGAAAAUCUAAAAUAAAACCUCAAAACAUCAUUAUCUGUGAACAACAACAAGAAAAUUAUUAUGGUCGACAUGUUCUACGUGCAGUUUCUCAACGACUUGACUUAUUUAGUGAUGAAUAUUUAAAGGAAGUUGCUGAACAUAUAGCAGCUACUGAGCAAAUAUUACAACAUGAAAUCGCAGUAAAUGUUACAGAUUAUUAUUAUGAAAAUACUGGAGAUUAUAAUACUGAAAUACUAAAAGUUGCUCUUAGAAAUGUAUUCAGUAUUGAAUUUAUACAAAUUAAUACAUUAGAAACAAAUACUAAUUCUGAACAAAGUCUAAUUCUAUCUAAUAUUCACAAUGUUCAAGCAUUAAUUAUUUAA